UGUUUUCUACAAAGGUGGCAACAACUAGCGGUCGCACGUGUUUUACUAGUGUGUUUUUUUAAACUUCUGCUAGAUUCAAUUUGAGAAUAAUAAACUACUAAAAUGCCGCGCUCCAAACGUGAUAAGAAAGUUUCUUUAACCAAGACAGACCGCAAGGGACUCGCAUGGAAACAGCGCAUCAUUGAUGAUAUUCGGUUUUGUGUGGAGAAGUACCCCAACAUUUUCGUGUUCCAGGUACAGAAUAUGCGAAACAAUCUGCUUAAAGACUUACGACAGGAAUGGAAGCGCAACUCUCGUUUCAUUUUUGGCAAAAAUCGCAUAAUGCAAAUCGGCUUGGGACGCACAAAAGCUGAGGAAGUGGAGACAGGAAUACACAAGCUGUCGAAACGCCUCAGUGGACAAGUUGGCCUGUUAUUCACAGAAAAGUCGAAAGAAGAAGUCUUGGAAUGGGCUGAGAACUAUUGGGCGGUAGAAUAUGCGCGCAGUGGUUUCACAGCAACCGAAACUGUUACUUUACCAGCCGGUCCACUCGAGGAAUUCGCGCACUCCAUGGAGCCACAUUUACGUUCAUUGGGACUGCCUACAAAGCUGGAAAAGGGCAUUGUAACCAUAUAUAGUGAUUAUACGGUGUGCGAGGAGGGUAAGGUUCUGACACCGGAGCAAGCGCGAAUUCUUAAAUUGCUGGGAAAACCAAUGGCAAAGUUUCGUCUGACUAUGAAGUGCUCCUGGACUAAAGCUGACGGAUUCCAGCUGUACGUUGAGGAUGAUGUGGAGGAAGAAACAGCAGAGACCCCCAUGGAAGAAGACAAUGAUAACGAUGAUGAUGAUGAUGAGGACGAGGAAUGAUUUAGUUAUUAUUUCAAAUAGAAAUUAAGUUAAUGAAUAUGUAUAUAAUUAUAUAUAUAGAUUUUACAA